UUUGAAAAUGAUGUAAACCUGGUCGAACUGUCGUGUGAAAGUUUGCUGUGAGAGUCACCAGUUGGAUGCUGAAUCUGGCAGCAGUCCAAACGACGGAUGGACUUUACACCAAUGAGAGCAUCCAUUUCAACAAUCGGGCCCCCAUAUGGCACUUGGCCCCUCCUCCAUGCUCCAUCCCGGUGGAGGGUCUCAUUCAUGCUCCAGGACAGCGGCUCACUCCAAGCCUUCUGGCCUCAGGAUCAGCUGUUUUGAUCCUACCCGGCAUUGUGACAAAGGAAGACUUUCUGCGCGCAGAUCCACUUUUAAAGACCAUCUCCAGUCUCGUCUGAUCCUCUCUGUCGGAGCAGAUGAUCCGCUGCGCUCCCACUCCCGCUCGAGAUGUGCGCUCGGACAAUGCUUGUAAUCUGUGGAUACAUAUAUUUACAUUCAUCUUUUGAGCCUUGAAUGAAAGAAAGUCCGUGCGGAUUUCUCCUGAGCCAUAUUUAAAGUCACAACACAGCACCAGUCGUUCAUUGUUUCCCCAAAGCUCACUGAAAGCUUCAUUUGCGACGCCUUUUUGGGGAGCGCAGCGCUCUGAAGUGGACAUUCUGUUGGCUACUGAAGUACUUCAGCUUGUGCAGGUCAUCUUUGUGUUUCGAAACAAAUCAAAAUAACAGUUUAAAAAGUCAUCCAAACGACCAGGACACGGUUUUAAAUGUUCGGGAUCCAGGAGCAACUGAUACGAGACGUGAGCGGAUUAAAAGAGAGGACUCUUGGAGAGGAGAUGGAUCCAGUCCGGUCGUGGGUGCGUAAUGUUGGGGUCGUGGAUGCGAACGUUGCAGCGCAGAGUGGAGUGGCCCUGUCAAGAGCUCACUUUGAGAAGCAGCCGCCCUCCAAUCUCCGCAAGUCCAACUUCUUCCACUUUGUCCUGGCCCUCUAUGACAGACACGGCCAACCAGUGGAGGUGGAGAGGACCGCGUUUGUGGACUUUGUUGAGCACGAUAAGGAGCAGACUGGAGAAAAAACAAACAACGGCACUCACUACAAGCUACAGCUCCUCUACAGUAAUGGGGUUCGUACAGAGCAAGAUCUUUAUGCACGACUGAUCGACUCUGUCACCAAACAGCCCAUAUCAUACGAAGGCCAGAACAAGAAUCCAGAAAUGUGCAGAGUUCUGCUCACACAUGAGGUUAUGUGCAGCCGCUGCUGCGAGAAGAAAAGUUGUGGCAAUCGAAACGAGACGCCCUCUGAUCCGGUCAUCAUUGACAGGUUCUUCUUGAAGUUUUUCCUGAAAUGCAAUCAGAAUUGUCUGAAGACAGCAGGGAACCCAAGGGAUAUGAGGAGAUUCCAGGUGGUCUUGUCCAGCACAGUGAGCGUAGACGGACAUGUCCUGGCUGUGUCUGACAACAUGUUUGUCCACAACAACUCAAAACACGGCCGGAGAGCUCGCCGACUGGAACCUGGAGAGUCAGUGGAGAAUACCAUGGAAUAUGCUACUCCCUGCAUCAAAGCCAUCAGCCCCAGUGAAGGCUGGACCACUGGAGGGGCCAUGGUCAUAGUCAUUGGGGAGAACUUCUUCGAUGGGUUGCAGGUGGUGUUUGGAAGCAUGCUAGUCUGGAGUGAGCUGAUCACUCCGCAUGCCAUCCGGGUACAGACGCCUCCUCGACACAUCCCUGGUGUUGUGGAGGUCACACUGUCAUAUAAAUCAAAACAGUUCUGCAAGGGAGCGCCUGGACGGUUCAUUUACACAGCCCUUAAUGAGCCAACUAUAGACUAUGGUUUUCAGCGACUGCAGAAAAUAAUUCCCCGGCAUCCAGGUGACCCAGAGAAACUAGCCAAGGAGAUUCUCCUAAAAAGAGCAGCAGAUCUUGUUGAGGCUCUGUAUGGAAAUCCACACAGUAAUCAGGACAUGCUUCUGAAACGUGCAGCUGACAUUGCAGAGGCACUCUACAGCGUUCCGCGUCCUCACAGUCAGCUGCAGGGACUGCCCAGCUCACCAGCCCACGGGAGCGUCAUGGGUCUGGGCUCCUAUCCGUCCCAGUUAGGGGUCAGCAUUGGAGAUCCAGGACAGAGCAGCCAGGGUUAUAUCCGUAACUCCAGCAGUUUGUCUCCAAGGGGUUACCCCUCAGCUUCCACUCCUCAGCAGUCAAGCUACGGAGGCAGCGGAGGAAUGACUGGAGGCUACGGGACAGUUCCAAUGACAAGUCUGGGAGUUCCUGGAUCUCCUGGAUUCAGCAGUGCCUCACCCACAAGCUCUCCCUACAUAAUGCCAGCGAGCCCCACAAUACCAGGAAGCUCAAGCUCCUCGUCAUCUCUCUUGCCUUUCUCCUCUUUCCCUUCUGCUGCCAAACAGAAGAGUGCUUUUGCUCCCGUCCUCAGGCCCCAAGGUUCUCCUUCCCCUGCCUGUCCCGCCUCAGGGGGGAACAGCUUCAGAGGUAGUCAUCCAACUCACUAUCUGACCCCGCUGUCUGAACUCACCAAUGCAGUCUAACCUAAUACUAACCAACUCAAAAGCUAUGACUAAACACGGCUUGGGUGAUGUACAGUAAUGAAACACCUGACUGAUUUAGAAUCACAGAUUUUGUAUAUUUUUUCUCUCCAGCGAUGACGGGCCUGGUUGUCCCCCCGAUGUAGCAAAGCACCUAUCCCACUCUGCCCCAGACCACUUACCUCCCCUUCUUUUUGGCACUGACCAGGGAAAGUGAAAAAACUGUUCACUAGUGAGCUUAACUUCCUCCCUGAUUCCACCCGCUGUUUCCCAGCCCCCAUUUUUUGCGACCAGUCAGGGUGGGGUAUGAAAAUGUCCAAAGACCAGCAAUCUUCCCCAGAUGCACAGGAAAACACUACAGCCGCAGCAACAUGAGCAGAACUGAACAGUUUACUGCUGUCUGUGUGACUGACAGGAAAACCUCCAUUUAAUUUCACCUGAAGUUUCAAAAAGGAUGUGUCCUAACCUCUGAGCCACCACCACAUACGAUAUCUCGGUUUUCCAACGCCUCCAAGAGACCUAUAGGAUGCACUGUCGGAUCGCUGAGCAUCGACGGAUCACGGGCAGCUCAGAUAAGAAGCUGCAGCUCUAAAAAGCGGGGUGCUUACUUUGUGCGUGUAUAGACACCCUAAAUGGCAUGAGUAUACACCAUAUGUGAGCUAGCGAGAGGUUGUUUUGUAGUAGACUUUUUAAAGACAUCUUACAUUCCAGAAAAGUAGAACCUUUAUAUUUUGUUUUGACUGUUUCUGUCAAGGGAGAAAUCUUUGUCUCAUGGGUUAUUACUAAAAUGAAUUCAUAUAUUGAUUUAUUUAAGAACAAGCAAUUUAACUUAUUAAAUUUAGUUUAGGGAAUAAUAUAAACGUGUUUUUAUAAACUGGUUCUCUUUCCAACUGUUGAUGAAAUUAAGUAAGCUCACCAAUUGCCAAUUACUUUGAUAAAUUACACUCUGUAAUGGAUUUUUCUUUUUUUGCGGAGUUUUAUUUUUUUUUAUUAAACUUCCCUAUUUUUCAGGUUCUUACGAAAGCAAUUAUUUGUGUUUGGCCACAGUUAAAGGUUAUUGUCCUUGUGUAACAGGAAAUAUUAGUUAGCUGUAUUAUUUUUAUUUCCACUAAAAUGCAUGCUUUGUUACAUCACUACUCUGGUACUUUUUUACCCCAAAUUGUUUGUGAACUUUAAUUUCCAGUGUCUAGUCACUAUGCAGUAUAGGAAGCAAAAGCACAACAGCUAAAACAAAAAGAAGAAGAUGCAUUAGGUGGUCAUUUAUCAAUGUUAUCAUGUUCUUAUAGCUACAGUUCCUUGUUAAGGUAGUCAUACAUGUUGAAUCUUUCCACAUUUUGUCCAGUUGCAGCACAAAACAUCACAAUAAAAGGUAUUUUAUUGGGAUUUUAAUUGAUAUACCAACAUAAUGUAGUGUAUAAUUGUGAAAAGAGAGGAGAAGCAUACAUGAUUUUCUACAUUUUCUACAAAUAAAAUUAUAAGGGUUAUGUUCGUUUGUCCCAACCACCCCUGAGGAAAUGCUUAUAGAAAUGUGUUUCGCUGCAAUUACAGUGAUCUGAGGUAUGUUUCUAGCAUCUGUUUCAUCUACAGACUGAAAUGUUUACCCAAAGCUCAAGAUCAGUAAUAUUGGACGGAGAAUGUCUGUGAACUCUUUUCAGUUCUUGGCACAGAUUAUCAAAUUGGUUAAUGUUUGGGCUUUGGCUGGGCCAUUUUAGCUAAUAAAUACACUUUAAACCAAUGCCUUUUUGUGUAGGUCUGGCUGCAUGUUUAGAGUUGCUGUCCUGCUGGAAGGGGAACCUUUUACCUGAAGUCUCAAGUCUUUUCGGAGCCUCUGACAAGUUUCUUCCUAGUAUAUUUAUAUAUAUCUAUAUAUAUAUCUAUAUAUAGAUAUAUAUCUAUAUCUAUAUAUAUCUAUAUAGAUAUAUAUAGAUAUAUAUAGAUAUAUAUAUAUAUCUAUAUAUAUAUAUAUAUAUAGAUAUAUAUAUGGUGUUCCUUCAGAGCAACCACGAGCCUCUUGGCUGCUUCUCUUCUGGUUAAUGCUUUCCUUUUCCACGCUGUAGGUGUAUUUGGGUGGCCAUUUCUUGAUAGGUCUGCAGUUGUGCCAUACUUUCUCUUCUUUAACGUGGUGGAUUGAACACUGCUCUGUGAGGUCUUCAAACAUUAAGAUAUUGCUGUAUAACCUAAUCCUGCUUUAAAGUUCUCUACACCUUUUCCCCUGACCUGACUUUUCAGAUGCUUAUUUGACAAAAAUGUCAGAAUCCUUAUAUUCUUUUCCAUUUUUCACUUCACAGUUUUGCCUUACUUUGUGUUGGCCUGUCACAUUAAAAAAAUCAACCAAAAAGUACAAAGCUUGGGGUUGUAAUAUUGAAAAUGACACAAAGUUCAAGGUGUAUGAACACUUUUGAAGGCACAGUCUUUCUCAUCACAACACAAAACGCAUUCUCAGGACGUCCACACAAAGAACGCAAAGAAUAAUUGAUGUUUGCAACAUUUGUUCUUAGAAUUCAGUUAAUCUUAUUUAUUUAAAAAAAUGUUAGCAAUUUAUAAUUAUGUUUUUAAGCCAUCUUUUUUUGAAGUGAUACAAGAAACGGUGCAAAUGUGAUUUGUAAAUUUUAAGGUGUAAUUAUAUUUUGUGCUCCAAAUAAAACAUGUAAAAGGAAAAA